CGCUUUAACUCUAGUUUCUGGGCACAGUGCGCGAACAACUCCACAUCGAGGUGUGGCACGAGUGGUGUAGGAGAAAGAUUGUUCGUCCAAGAAAACGCAAUGCAAGCUGCAUCUUCAGCCAUCUCAUAACCCUAAGAUUUCUUACGCUCUCAUUUGCAAGAAGUUUGGUAAUUUGAAAGCACCAUUCUAGAAGCUACAUCCAUGGUUUGGAGCGGAAUAACUGAAACAGAGAGAACAAUCCACUAAUGGCUGAUUCCACUCCGACCGCAACUCCUUCAAACGACAACGAAUCGUGCGUUUUCCAACGAACGGUCACUUUAUAUGAUUGGUGGUUGAUUAAAGCCACAAACGACUUCCAAGGAAAGCGUUUAGCCGUUGCAGGCGUCUCAUCGAGAAAGGAUGAGGCCAUGCGCGUGUUUGUUUCUGCUCCCGUUAUCAAAAGAUACGACAUGUUUUCUCUCAAGACUGCGGAUGGGAUAUACCUUUUAAUGAGUGGUUUCAUCAACGAGCAGCGCAGUGUUCAAAACGGUUUCGACCCUCAGGUUUUGGACCGAUUUUUAUUUGGCUUCCCUCCGGACUGGGAAAGCCAUGCUCUAGAUUUCUCCAAAGAAGAAUCAACCACGGGGAAUGAUUCGGGUAGUGCUUGUCUUGAUGACGUACCGGCUAGCUGUCCAGAAAUUUUAUCUGAUGUUGCUAUCGCAGGUGUGGAAAAUUGCAUUCCUACUUUUUCUGCAUCACCGGAAAAGGCGCAGGGUGAUCGGGAAAAGGCAUUCCCUGAAAAUGAAUGCAACGUGUCAAAGGAGGUGGCUGGUGUUAAGGUUACUUCUAGUAGAGGUAGGGAAAGACGAAGUGCCAAGUUGCAUGAUGUUGAAGUAUACCAGCGGAAGAAACCGUCUUCUUCUGGAUUGCCUCCGAAGAAUCCAAAUAAUAAGAACCAUAUUUCAGUGGCGGCCUUAGAUAAUUGUGAUGAAGUGGGACCAAAAAGUCCGGAAACACCUAUUCAGUCACAACCAUGGAGACAACUACGCACAUCAUCUGAACAGAUAGUACAAAAAUCUGCCUCCAUAAUUUCUAGAACAUUGUCACCAAAGACCGAAGGCUGUCAUAAGAAAAAAGUCGUCAGGCCUAAGGGACGGAAUAAAUCUUCCUCUGCUGGGAAAAGUUCGCGAUUAAAAGAUCCAAGUCACUUGACCAAGGGAAGCGGACAGAAAAAAUCAACUGCUUCUCCUGAGUCAUCGAGUUUCAGAACAUCCAGAUCUGGCAGAUUGCUUGUACCUCCCUUAGAAUUUUGGCGCAAUCAAAUACCAAUAUAUGAUGCGGAUCAUGUGCUCAAAGAAAUUAAGGAUGGUGCAUCUUUGAUAUCACCUUGUAGGGUUUCUUCAUCAUCAUCGAGCAGUUGGUGGGUCUUUGGAAAAAUCUAGGAUUCAACUUGAUGGCUUCAUUCGUCAUUAGGAAGGACUGACUUUGAUAGAGGUGGGAAUGUUGCUGAAUGGACGAUGAAGUACAGAAUAAUUAACUGUAGCUGCUUAGUGGUUAGCAUUGUAUUGGAAGUGUAACCUACCUUCAUCAUUUGCUUGUAUUUUUAAAAUUUCCAUCGCUGAAAAGACAAUAUGCAUAUUUAUGUUGGUCUGUAGGACGUGGGUUAAAAGCUUUCGUACACUAUACUAACCAAGUUUCUUAGGGCUUGUUUAUAUUUUUGAGUCAUUUUUGAUCUAUAUUAAAUUGUGACAUAUGGUUUAUUGUCUUGUAA